GUUGCCAAGAACGCGAUAUCUAGUGUAGCCGUAGAAUAUGUCAAUAUAGGCCUAUUUACUAGAUUUAUAGAUUUAUAAUAAUUAAUAAUUUCUAUAUAGACCUAGAUCUAGAUCCUCUAGCAGUUGUAGAUAUCGAUCUACCUAUUUAGUAGUAUUAUUAAAAUAGUAAUAGUUAAAUAGUAGGCCUACUAUAGUUAUAUUCAUAUUGUACACAGUGAGUGACAGUGUACAGUUAAUUGAGUUUUGAGUUAUUAAUUACAAAUUACAGUGUGACUGUCACUGUCAGUGAGUUGUGUUGUAAUUUUGUAUUUAACAAGAGAAAUGACUACUUUGGGAUUUCAAGCUAUUGGUGGACUUGAAAUAAUAGAGUCUGGUCUUAAUGACUUGCGCAGAUCACAGUUGAUGAUAAUACCUGAAUUUAAAUACAUGUUUGGGGCUAUACAGAAACAUCAUAGUGAUCUCAAAUUUGCUCAUAUAACUGGAAAGGCUAAAGAUUUAUUGGACCAGGCUGUACGGGAUACAAAAUUCUACAAUAUUUUGAUCAAAAUGUUAUGUGAAGUCAAGCAAAGACGCACUGGAGAGCAAAGAGCUGGACUUCGACAAGUGUAUACCUGGUACCAGGCUAACAAACAUGUUUUAUAUUGUGGACCACGAUUUGGAAAAGAUUUUAUGAGGGAACAAGCCAAAGAAAUUCUGCACAAGUCAAUGUCAACAAAAAGUAAAAAGAGAACUGUGUCUGCGAGGGAAAGACUUGCUGGUAACAGAAACUUCUCUGAACAUUUAAGUUUGGAGAAUGCAGACACCAACACUGUAAAGGAAAACUUGGAUCCACAAAACUCGACCAUGGGCCCGAAGGAUGUAAACAUUGUCUCCGUUCAGGAUAUUUUUAACAAUGAUGCCCAUCCAAGCGAUGUGAACAAAAACAUGGAAGAGACACAAGUUACAUUCAAGGAUGACUCUUCUUACACAUCUUCUGAACCAAAGGUGGCAAGGCCAAAGUCUGCCAUCAGUGUUACCAUCUCACACUUAAAUGAAAAGUCAGGCAACCCUCUUGCCCAGAAAGUGACCACCAUGAUUCAUCCAUUAUCUGCAUUGGUCAACCCUCAUGCACAUAUUGCAUCAGCAUUGGAGGAUAAGUCUAUGAAUAAAACAAAAUCUGUUAUCUCCCACAUUUCUUCAGUAUCCAAGCCUGAUAAUCUACAAUCUUGGCAAGCUUUUAUGAAAAACAGGUCUUAUGGACAGGAUAUUGUUGGAAAACUCAAUUUUGUGGGUCGCAGUGGUACAGCUCUGGAUGUGAGAUAUUCAGCCCAUAGUUAUGGGGAGUCCCCAGAAGCUUACACUAAAGAACUGAUGGAUCAGCAUGUGAAACAGCUUAAUGCAUCUGAGAAUAUGUUGAGCUCAGAUGAGGAUGAAGAAAAUUAUCUGGUUCGUCAAACACUAGAAGAGUUUUACCAAACAGCAGACAUCAUGCGUCCCACCACUAGAAACAGCUCUAGAAUGUCUUCUCACAGCAGAGUGAGGUCUGCCAGAGGAGAACGAAUUGAUACCAAACCUGCACAAGAGGUAGCUCCCAUUGCCAAGCAGCCUCUGAAACUUGGACAUCAGCUUGACUUACUGCCAAGUAACAUUAACUCAAGCCCUGUGCCACCUAAAGACAUAGGAAUUAAACUAAAUACUGUUGUCAAUAACAUUGACUCUGUCUCAGAGGAAAUGACAUAUUUUAAAGAAAAGCUUGUUUCCCAUCCUCAACAUGGCUUUAGACAGCCAUCAGUUGCUGGUCUUCCAACACCUAGAGAUGAAAUUACUAAUACACACAAUUUUGUACAAUCCUCAUCAGAUUUAAGCUCAAUCAAGUCAAGACCUGUGACUGCUUCCUACACCACAGAUAAAGAACUGACAACACAACAGUUACAAAAAUCUAAACUACGGUGCAAAUCAGCGAGUGGUAUUGACUGGAGAGGGAGAAUUGAACCAGAUUCUGUCAGAUACAAAUGGUCUAAAACAAAAUUUGGAAGUCACACGUAUUUGAAAAAAUGGAUUGGUGUCCACACUCAGCCCAGUGGGAAAAGUUCAUCCAAGGCAAGACCAAAAACUGCACCAAGCUCAGUCAAAGAAAAAUUGAAAACUCAGAAAGAACAAAAUGUCAGAGCAGUCCAAGCUGCAAGUCAUGACACUACUGUGGUAGAUCAAAAAGAUGUGGAAAAUAUGAUGACCAUUCAACAUCUACUGCCAGGAGAUGAUGGUGUUGAUCCCAGACUUCUGUAUGAUUAUGAUCAGAAAUUCUGGAAGAAUGUGAGAAAAAGUUCAGUAUCUUCUGCUACUGAGCUUCCUAAAGAGUUUCUGUCUUUUGUUUCUUCAUCCACUAUGUUAGAUAAGAAGAAAUCUUCACAUUCAAUACUAGGAGACCAGAAGACUCAACAAGUUUACAAGGAUGCCAGAAGUGAAAUACAUACAAGUUUUGUUAAUGAUGAGGAACAUUGUAAAGAGAACACUAUAGAGACAGAAGAAAAUGUGGAGCUACAAAAAACAUUAAAUGAACAUUUCUCUUCAGAAAUUUACCCUGAGAAACAAAAAGCUGAAAUAACAUUUGCAGAAUUCUCUGAGACAUUGAAUCCUAAGGCUACCUAUCAACAGGAAGAGUCAGAAGAUUUGGUUCAUCUACCUGCAAAAUUGCAGUUGUCGACAGAUAAAAACAACAAUAACCUGGACAAGUCCACUGAUCUACUUCCUCAUCACUUCUCUGAUGUCCAGUUAAAUCAAGACAUUUUAUGCUCAGAUUGUCAGUCUCAAGACAAAAUGAAAACUGCAAGAGUUGAAAGAUCUGCAGGAAGAAUGCCCCCAAGAAGUCUUAGUGCUCAUCUGACUGGAUAUAACAGGGUCACAGAAGUGUUGAGAAAAGCACCACCUCUACGCACUCCACCAUCCAUUCCUAGCCCCCAGCUAUAUUUCCAAACACCGGAAAGAAAAAGUGGCCAGAUAUUUGUAGAGCUGGAACACCAUGCCAGAAGAACAAAGAGCCCAAAGAGUUUCAUGCAGAAAGUGGAAGGUCUGCGCAGUGUGAGCAGUAUCCAUCAAUCACCUAUUCCUAACAAAACAAGUAAUGAAUCCAUAAUUGGCACUUCAUUACAAGUUUGUCGACUUCCAGUUGCCAGAAAAACUCCAACAGCACAGCUAUUAUCCGACUUUAAUUUAGAUUUUACAGACAGAAAUGUUACAGAUCAAACUUAUUUAUCUAGCUCAGCACAAUACCUAAAACACAAACAUGUUUCUUUCUCUGACCUUCAACAAACACACCCCAAGUCAACGUCAGCUCCAACUUCUUCUCCAAGGUCAAGCUUAGAAGAAGCUGAAUUGAGAAAUGCCUUCUCUAGGCAGUCAAGGGUAGAAGACUCUUCAUCCACAGCCAACAAAUCCCUUGCUAGAAUUGGAAGACCAAUAGCCCAAGUCAUGCAGGUUACUGAUCCUGAGGAGCUUCAGAAAGCUGCACAACUACAAAGAGAAGCUGCUGCUGCAGUUGACAUUCAGAGAAUUUUUCGAGGCUAUGUGGCAAGAACAGCUUAUAAAUGUUUACUACCAGAAGAAAGAUGGAAGAGAGAGGAUGAUCAAAAAGCUGCACUGGAAAUACAAAGAAUGAACAAAGAACACAAUCAGCGAAUGAAUGCAAUCUACAGCAGACCUCCUUUAAGCCCAGACAUCAAACAGUGGUCCAAUGAUGUCAGAAGUAUCCAAUUAGAGAAGGCUUUACAAAGACAAGACAAAAUGGACCAAUUAGCUAAUGAAAUGAUUAUAAACCAAAAAGAAUCCAAGAACAAACUAUCUUCUAUCGGACCACAUGUGGAAAUUUAUGAUAUUUACCACCCAAAACAAGUCGGUCCUACUAUGAAAGAAUAUCAUCAAGCUGCUAUUAAAAUUCAGAAGAUAGUCCGAGGAUGGAUGGUUAGAAGAAAAAUUGAGAAGCUUGCACGGAAGGCUACUUGGUAUGGCUCUAAUUUCUUAAAGAUGGCCAGGGAAUAUAAAUUCAUGUUAAAACAAGUACAGAGCCAACAUGGAGUAGACAAACCCAAGUCACAGUUUAGUAUUAAGGACUUCAAUAACUACAUAGAUAUCCGGAGAAGAUAUGAAAUUGUUUUUGAAAAAAAAGCUUUUUCUGGAGAACUGGAGGUUGCAGAACUCAAGUCAUUUUUUACUGAAUGUGGCUUGCAUCCAUCGCAGACAGAAAUUGAUGAAGCACUGGAUGUAACUACACAUGGUCAGGCCUAUAAAACUGAGAACAAAGGUCUGAAAAAGAGAGAAUUACUGGACUUGCUCUUUUACAUUUAUGUACCACCAGCAACAGGUCUUCAAGGGACAAGGAAGAGCACCUGGAUGAAUCCAAUUAUAAAUGGAGAAGAAGGGAGAAAACUCUUUGGGAGUGAGUUUGUUGAGCCAGCACCCUUGGAGCCUUGUGCCAAGUUGGUCAUACAGGCCAAACGAGAACAACGUCAGAAGGAACAAGCUAUUAAAGAGGCAGAAGAAAGAAAAAGAAUUGAAGAAUCUUUACAGAGAACAGAAGAGAAAAAACAAGCUAAGAAAUCAAAACAAGCUCUCAUUCAGGAUCCCUCAGUUUGAAGAACACUUGUUACUGAGACCCACACAUUUUUGUUAAUUUUUAAAAUAUUUUUAUAUUUAAUAUAUACAAAAAUGUAUUUUUUUUGUUGAAAAGUAUUGCUAAUGUCCAAUGAAAAGCUCUUCUAAAUGAUUAUUUAUUUAAAAUUCUAAUAAUCACUGCACCCCUAAAAAGGUAAGAGGAUUUGAUCUCCAACUGCAAGACUUGCUUUAAAUUCUUUUUUCCUCCAACUGUGAUACUUUUUUUUUAAUUGCUGCCAACUGUGAUAUUUUGUUAGCAAACUUUAUUAAUACUAAAUCAAAUAUGUUUUUCCUAUAUUAAUGUAGAAUAGAAUUUAUUUAGAAUUUAAUAGCAUUUUUCUUACUGCGAUAAAAAAACGUAUUAAAAUGUGUAUAUUUCUUGUA